AGAGAGAGAGAGAGAGGUCCGCUGAUCUUCACUUCGCUGCACUAGUAAGAAGAGCAUGCUCAGAUCACUGCUAUGAACCUGAAAGUGCAAUAGUGUAGUAGUUGAUACUGGGUGUGCCCUUGGCAGAUAAGCUCACAAAGCAUUGAAAGUGGCAGAACCAUGCUAAUCAUACAGCGGACAAUUCCGUUAAUUCUGUUCCUCUUCCCCCUGCACAUACAAUGUACAUGUACAAUACUUGCAUGGAACACCCCAGAGAAAAAUACCAAACUCUGCGUAUUUUCUGCCAGCAUUAUCCACCAAAGGCUAACUGGGUUGCCUUUGUUGCUGAGCUCUCAUCGUGCUCAUCAUGAUGAUGCACUACAGUACUGCCAGGCGCCGAAGAACGAACAGCGUGGAAUGUCACCAAGCACAGCAUAGCAAUGACUGUGUACACGGUGACUCAACUCACUGUAUAGACUGUAGUACAUGAAAAUAGGAAAGGUCUACAAGGCUACGAAGCCGACCCCCCAGUUCUUCGGCGACCGGCGGACAGACAGUACUGGACUGGCAUGUGUGUUGCAUGUUGGGCAUGCCAUGCCUGACACUAGCGUAUCGGAGGGAAUAUUGUGUGGCGGUCUGUUUGCAUUACAGAGAACGCCGUCGCGUCCCAGCAGCCGCCUUGCAGCCUUGCCGGCAGAAGGAAAGGCGAAAGAUCAAGCUGCGACUGGAGCACAUCGGCACUGCUGCGGAAAGGCACCGAAACACGGCGGCACCAUACUCGGAGCAGCGAGAAAGAAAGAUUCGUUCGAUGAAGCCAACACAACUGCGGCCAUGCCUCCUGUUGCCUCAGCAGCAGCAGCAACAGCCACUGUCGAAACACCCAAAGAACCCAGCCCGGAUCAGUUAGGUACAGGGUCAAAGUACCCGUACCGGACGGACCCGAUUGGUUACCUCCAGUUCAUCCAACAUCAGGCCAAUCUCCUUCACACACUGCAGCAGCACAGAAUGAAGACAUCCAGUGCUGGAAUGGCCACGGGGGAAUCCCCUACAUCCGACACAGAAGACGACAGUGAUGACGACGAUGAUGAUGACAAUGAACAGGAGGAAGGAAUGGAGGAAACCCCGGGAAAGGGCGACAGGCAAAGAACCUCUACAGCAUCAGUCGACAAAGACAACGAAGCAAGUAGCGGUGAAAAUGAGGAUGACAGUGAGGAUGAUGAUGAUGAUGAUGAUGACGAUGAUGAUGACGACACCGUUGCUGGAACAGUUGGGAAUCCAGAUCCUUCUUUGAUAAAUAUUGAGCAGAUCCUCAACAGUGGUGGGAUAUCACUGCAAGAGUUUGAGUCGUGGAAGCCGGAUGGAGAUAAGGCGCCACUGGAGCUGAAUGCUCAGCUACUGCAGUGUAUGACUGGGGACAAGCUAGCAGCAGCUUUGGUUCUGUGUCAACGAGUCUUGCAGAUAGAACCCGACAACAAACUAAUGCAGGAACUUUAUCCGACAAUCAUGUCUCGCUUGAAGCAAGCUGCUUACACAAAGGUGCAAGAAUCGCUGGGCUGCGGCGAGUCCGAGUCGGAUGAAUCGGAUUCAUCUUCUGACGAGGAUGAGGAUGGCCCUUCGGAGGGAUCUGAUAGUGAUCGUGAGGCAGAUGGUUCAGCGUGAAGCAAUCUUGCUGGAGCUACUAGUGUCAACAGCGUACACAAACUCGACCGGGCGAAAUUACUUCAAAGUAGUAACGUAUGGGUCAUAGGAAAGGUGUUAUUGUACUUAUCAUAAGCCACGGAUGAUUGAUAAGAAAUAAUCAGAUGAUCACUCUAUUUUUUAUUAUUACUAUCCACUGUAUUUACUUUUGUCAUUGAGAUCCGAUCUUAUAGUGUGCUGCAUGCCCGCACGAUACCUGUGUACUUGAGAUAUACACAACUCAUGUUUGUAUUGAAUGGCUUACAGCUGCAGACUACAGUGAAUAUGUUAUUCGCUUGCCUGGUGGUGUUGACCAAUACAGAAUUAUGUCCAUGCACCAUGA